AUGACCACUGUCCCCUGGGGAGAGGCCGGCAUCCCCACGCACAGUGACAGCAGGUCUUCAGACAGCCCUGCAGUGGGAUCCCAAAGUCAGGUCUCCCUCCCUGCAGAUGGCCCAGCGGCUAGCGGUGCAGCGUCCACUGAACAGCAGGAUGUAGAUCCUGCCUCCAUCAAGUCAGCCGCCUCCAAGGCCACAGCAGCAUCUGGGGAGGAGAACCAGCAUGAAGAUGAAGCUGAUGCAGGGCAUAGUCAGGAGCCCAAGGAGGCCAUGACCCAGCUGGCCCACCCGGCCCCAGAUGCCCGGCAAACAUCCUUGAGUCUCCAGAACCUAAUGCAGACAGUCAGCUUUGACACCAUCGAAGCUGUUGAGAAAUCUGAGGGUCCAGAAGCCGUGAACCCUGACACUGAAGCUUUGCCAUCGGCUGAGUCCCAGGCAGUGACCGAGGGGGAUUUGAUAGACUGCUCGAGAAACCUGCAGGCUCCACCGGUCCCUCCCUCCCCAGGAAGCAGUGCGACCUGCUUGCCUGGUGCUCCCACGGUGGCCCUGGGGAGAAGGCAUCUGGACUCCAGUCUGUACAUAGCCUGCGAGGAGAACGCCUACGUGCGCUCCAUGACCAGCUUGCUGGGAGCGGGCGAGGGGUCCAUCAGCUGCCUGGCAGACGUCCUGGUCUGGUCUGAGGCCACCAUGAGCAUGGCCACGGGCCUCCUGGCCUCGGGACACAUCUCCGUGACAUACGUGCUGCACAGCCCAGGGCCCAGUCUGCGCUUGGUCUCCAGCAUCCUGGGGGACGCCAGGUUGGCCUUCUCCUCCGGGCUGGUCCUUCGCUCUGUCAACCGCAUGCUGGAGAGGAUGGAGCAGAGGACUGUAGAAGGCAUCCGCUCAGCCAUUUUUUACAUGACCAGCCAACUCACCCACUCUGGCCCCAACGCUGACUAG